AUGGGCCCGGGCACCAGCGCCGCCGCCGCCGGGCUCCCCACUGCAAGCCGGGCCUCGCCGCUGCAGCGUAGCGCGGGGCUUCGCCAUGGAGGAGGCUGCGUGCGUCUUGCGCUAAACAAGGCUGGCGAAGCGGACGGCCGCAGGGAUGUCCCGUCCGCCGCGCCUCUUCCUCCGCCGCCGCGCCCGGAGGAGCAUCCUUUCUCCUGGGCGGCCGCUCCCAGCAAGGCGGCGCCGGCAGAUUCCCUAACCGGGACUGAGGGGAGGAAACAGGAGGAGGUGCCCGUGGAGGCGGAGGCGGCGCUAAAUAACUUUUAUCAUUUAGAGGAAGGAUGUCGUGGUGAUCCAAAUGCAUGGCAGUGCAAAGAUGGAAGCUGCAUUUCUGCUACUUGGCUUUGUGAUGGCAUUAGUGAUUGCACGGAUGGCUCAGAUGAAGAGAAUUGUGUUUGUGGAGAGAAAGUCCCAUGCCGAGGAAACAAGCAAUGCAUUGAUCCCUGGAAAGUAUGUGACCGGCAUAAAGAUUGUGAAGAUGGUUCCGAUGAAGCAAACUGUCCCCCGAAAAACUGCCUGGCUGCACAGUGGCAGUGCAAGAACAGAGUCUGCAUUAUGGAGGACUGGAAGUGCAAUGGCGUAGACAACUGCGGCGACCACUCGGAUGAAGAUGGUUGUGCUUACUGCCCAGAAGGAAUGAUCCAUUGUGAUAAAGGGAAAUGCAUUAUGGAAUCUCUAAUGUGCAACGAAGUGAAAGACUGUUUAGAUGGCACCGAUGAACCCAGCACCUGCGGUAAGAACUGCACUCUGAACAAUGGAGGCUGCAUGCAAAACUGCACUGAGGCUCAUUGGGGUGCCAGGUGUUCGUGUGGUCCUGGCUGGAAUCUUCAUGGCAAUGGUCAAGACUGUACAGAUGUUGAUGAGUGUGCAAUGGCUUACGGUCCUUGUAGCCAGUUGUGCAAGAACACAGUAGGUUCUUUUACCUGUGACUGUGUCCGUGGGUACUGGCUCUCCAACGGAACUACUUGUAGGACUGCAGAUGGUGCUACAAAAAUACUGCUGGCUGUUGGUCGUGAACUUGCUGUCCUGGAUGUAAAAACUCGUGAAUGGAAAGCUCUAGUGUCUACAAGGACAUCACCCAGCUCUGUUGCCUACGACUUGUUAAGGAAAGCCUAUUAUUGGGUUGAUGAAGGAAGAAAGCUUCAUAUCUAUGUGCCAGGAAAAAAUGAGAUGCUUCUGUAUCCAGAUGUCGGCAGUGUCAACAGUAUAUCUGUAGACUGGUUCACAGGGCAGUUAUAUUGGACCAGCAGUGCCCCUGGCGCCAUCUUUGCUGGCUUGAGUGAUGGCAGAGGCUAUGUGAAGAUCCUGGAGAAGAACGUGUUGCCAGAACAACUCGCUACGUUUCCAGAAAAAAGCUACAUGUAUUGGGUGAAUCGUGAACAAGGCAGGACUGUAAUCGAAGCUGCGGGGAUGGAUGGUUCAGACAGACAUGUACUUGCAACCGUAACUGCUGAAGAACCUGUUGGAUUGACUCUUGAUCAUAUAACUAGUAGAUUGUACUGGAUCAGCGCGUAUAAAAAGUCCAUAGAGACGAUCAAGGCCGACGGCACUGGCAGGUACACUUUCCCAGAGAAGCUGCCGAAAGCACGGGCCCCUCUGGGACUCGCUGUGUUUGAGAAUUCGGUCAUUUGGGCAGACAAAGAGCAGUUGCUCUCUGCAUCCCGCACCUCCCCAGGUGUUGCUGUGUUGCUGAACUCUUCAGUGUCUUCAUUCACAGUACUGCAUGAGCUACUGCAGCCUCAAAGUAACACAGCUGCCUGUGCACCUGGAUUGUGUAGCCAUAUCUGCCUUUUGUCACCUGUUCAUCCCAAGGGCUACAGGUGUGCCUGUCCAGAUGGCACUUUCCUCCUGCCUUCAAACCAAUGUGCAGUGCUGAAUGUCUUGUAUUCUACUAACAAGCAAAUCUACCGGCUAGAAGUUGGCCCCAAGGGGACAGUGUUGCAGCAGCAUGCAGUGAUUCAGGAGUGGCCGGAAAACGUCUACCUCCAGGACAUGGACUGGAGCCGGGGAUUCAUCUACUGGACUGAUGACAAAGGAGAACUGAUGCGCUUCACUAAAGAGACGAAAGCAAAACUAAUAAUUCCUACAGGUUCGCCAGUCUGUGAAGCGACUGUUGAUAUAACUUCUGGGGACCUAUACUGGCUAACCUGUAGCAGAACUGAAAUUAAGGUGACUAGUUUUGCUGGCAUGACGACGAAGGUUCUCUAUCGCGCGGAGGCUGCUAUAUGGCACCUGUUCCUAGACUGGAAGAGAGCAUCCUUGUACUGGCUAGAAAGUGGGAAACCAAUUCAGAGGCUGAACCUUGAUGGAAGCAGCAUCAGAGAAGUGGGGAAGGAAGCCUGGACAGAAGAUCUUCCAAUCGCCUUGGACAUAAGCUCGGGUACCUUCCUCUGGGCUUCCAAAGACUUGGGGCUGAAGGUGCUGAACCUCAUCACACACAAGACGUACAGUAUAAAAGAGAGAUGGACCCAUGGCGUGGCAGCUGUAUACGGACCUUACCUGGUGACAUUCAACAAAACAACCGUUGUGAUCUGGAACAGAAGAUCAGGGGUGCCCUCUGCUGUGCAAGUAGCCAAUGUACAGAAAGCAGUGGUGAUCUUUGACACGAAUUUGACAACAGUGCAUGAGUUCUUUGGCUUACCGUUAGUGCCCACUAAAGCUUCGCCGUACUAUUUCAACUGCAGCAGCAAGACCAACAGCACAGACUACAGCAUCAAGGACAACAGUGCUGAGUACUACAACUACAACAACACCCAGGACCACUACAAGGGCAACAACACCCAAGACCACCACGAGGGCAACAACACCCAAGACCACCAUGAGGGCAACAACACCCAAGACCACCACAAAGGCAACAACACCCAAGACCACCACAAAGGCAACAACACCCAAGACCACCAGAAAGGCAACAACACCCAAGACCACCACAAAGGCAACUACCCCCAAGGCCACCAAGACCACAACAGUACCAAAUGUAACCAAUACCACUGUCUUGACGACUGUGUCCUUGGAGACAAAUGCAUUCGCGAGAGGUUCCUUUGUGAUGGGAUUCCACAUUGUCCCGAUGGCUCGGAUGAAGCCCGCUGCUGGGUGCCAACUCCAGAGUGUGCCUUGCGCUGCGAUAACAACAUGCGCUGUGUGCCUGAGAGUUGGUUAUGCGAUGGGAGCCCUGACUGCAGCGAUAGCGCCGAUGAACAGGGCUGCGUUCAUGCAAAGUGCACUGAACAGGAAUUCCGAUGCAGAAGUGGCCAGUGCGUGUCGUACUCCCUGCACUGUGAUGGAGACCGUGACUGUAAGGAUGGCUCAGAUGAAGUAGGCUGCCCAGUAGCCCCAAAGCUACAUUUCUGCCAUUCGGAUGAAGUCAAUUGCCCUAAAAGUGGAGAGUGCAUCCUCAAAGAAUGGCUCUGUGAUGGCGAUAAGGACUGCAAAGAUGAAUCUGAUGAACAGGACUGCAGUUUGCCAGAGCACAAGUGCGGUGACCACCAGUGGCAAUGCAGAAGUUCCGAGUGCAUCCCAGACCUAUGGUACUGUGAUGGGCAGGCUGACUGCAGAGACAGGAGUGAUGAGACUUCCUGCAAGCCGAGGAAGUGCCUGGGCUAUGAAUUCCAGUGUGGCGAAACCUGCAUUAAUUACACUCUGGUGUGCAACGGGAGACCAGACUGUCAAGGUGGAAUGGAUGAAGGCAGGUAUUGUGCCCUUGCAUGCCAGCGGUCGUGUUCCCAGAUCUGCUACAAGUCUCCUAGCGGGCCUAAAUGUGCUUGCUACGAAGGAUUCCGGCUAAGGAGCGACAGGCGCUCCUGCAAAGAUAUCAAUGAAUGUAAAGAGCUGUCGGAGGAGAAAUGCAGCCAGACUUGUGUCAACACAGAAGGAAGCUAUAUGUGCACUUGCCACCCUGGCUACUUGCUGGAACCAGAUGGCCACACCUGCAAAGUAGUUGGCUCUGAGCCGAAGUUGCUUGUUGCGGUUCAGUUCAAUUUGAUCCUAUAUGGAUUAAGGAGCCUGAAAGAAGAUGUUAUAUUGACCACUGAGAAGGACCUUAUUAUCUUUUCGAUCGACUAUGACUUGGUGGAGCAGAAAAUCUUCUGGAUGGACCUCAAUGCCGAAAGUAUUAAGUGGAUGAACAUGAGAAACAAGGAAAGAGGGACUCUAGUUAAAGGAAUCAAAUCGGAUUGCAUAGCAGUAGACUGGGUAGGAAGAAAUCUUUACUGGACAGAUGGGAUGGCAGGACAGAUCAUGGCUACACAGCUAAAUGGUAAAUGGAGAGGAAUUCCUGAGCACACUGUGGUUCUUGAUUACCUGGAUCAGCCUCGGUCACUCGCACUCCACCUGUUGGAUGGGUUAAUGUAUUGGUCUGCAAUAGGGGAUGACUCCAAAAUAGAGCAAGCUGGUAUGGAUGGAAGCAGGAGAUCAGUACUACUUGGUGGGCUUGGCUGGCCCACCAGCAUAACCCUUGACCUCUUGAGCUGGAAAAUCUUCUGGUCUGACGACAAGUUUCACUACAUUGGGUCGGCCUACUUGGAUGGCAGCGGUAUGAAGGUGUUUGAGCUGAAUGAAAUUCAUAGUCCCUUUGCAGUGACUGUCUUUGAGGAUUACGUUUAUUGGUCUGAGAUGAAAACAAGGACAGUACAGAGGCUACACAAAAGGACUGGCAAGGAUAGAUCCGUCCUUAUCAAGCGUCACGGGCAACCAUAUGGACUUAAGAUCCUGCAUGAAGUUCUUCAGCCGGGAGCUCCCAACCCGUGUGCGGGAAAUGGCUGUUCCCACUUGUGCCUGUUGAACCCAGUCAAAAGAGGAAGCUGCCACUGCCCAGUUGGACUCGUGCUUUCAAACGAUGACAAGACCUGCGUUCCUCUGAAGGAGACGGCAUUCAUGUUUCUGGUUGCACAAGCCUCCGUUACUCAGGUCUACCUAAAGAAACUGCGUUCCGUUUCGGGGCAGCUGACCCUCCCUGUCCACAGCACCCUCCCCUUGACCAGCGUCAACCGCUUGGCAGCAGUAGACUAUUCUGUACGUGACAAUGCACUUUACUUCUCGGAGUCUGAAGGUGGCGCCAUAAAGGUCCUAGCUAUGAAGGAUGCCGGGAGAGUUGCUUUGAAGGAAGUCCUGCCGGUCAAGGGCACCGUGAUCUCACUAGCUCUUGACUGGCUGAGUGGCAACAUCUACUGGAUUGACAGCAAGCACCCAUCAAUCCAAGUAGCAACUUCAGAUGGGAGAUACACACUUGUGCUGAUCAGCGAUGGGCUAUCCCAUCCAACUUCUGUAGUUCUGCAUCCCCCAACGGCGGCUAUGUGCUUUGUCGACUCCGGUAACGAACACAGCGCCCUUGGUCCCACAAUAGAAUGUUCUUCCAUGGAUGGGAGCAAGAGGAAGGUUCUCUGGACGACAUCACAGACUCCAGUGGGUUUAACAAUAGUAGAUUAUGGCACCCAGGUCUACUGGGCUGACCAAGCAAAAGGCACUGUGGAAAGCAUUCGGAUGGAUGGGACUCAGUACAGGGUCAUUCGUUCUGGGCUGCGUGGCCUUACACUCUUCACAGCCGGGGAGGGGAUAAUGGUCUGGACAACAACGGCGCGCAAUGGUGCAACGAAGGUGUGGCACAGCAGACUGGGUGAAUUGGAAAACUGGUGGUUUAAAGAAGAGCAGAAACUUGUGGAUAUAAAGAUCUACAGCAAACUCAACCAACAAGGUAGCAGUGGCUGUUCAGAAAAGAAUGGUGGAUGCAGCCACAUUUGCUUGCCAGUUCCGCAAGGGAGAAGUUGCAGAUGCGUCACGGGGUACAUUCUAGAGCAUGGUACUAGAUGCACCAAACCACAAUGCUCGGAGCCGCUCCAAGCCUGCAAGGAUAACAGCAAAUGUAUUGCAAAAGAGCAAGUUUGUGAUGGCAGCAGUGAUUGCUCUGAUGGAUCAGAUGAGAGAGACUGCAACAACGCUCUCAAGAAGAAAGCCCAGCCCACACACCAACCUUCCACACUGCUGCAAACAAAACCCUUUCUUGUUAAGAUAAACACAGUGGCACCCAUCAAAACCACCACCAAGAAGCCUACUGGUGGAACUGCACAUGUACGGCCAGAAGUAAAAAAAUACACGAGAAGGAGUACUACUGCAACAGCGGCAUGGGCACUCGAGCCAAGCAGAAGCCAGAUGACCACAUUACCUCCCAAAAAGAAAUGGAAAGAACCUUCUCUGGUGCAGGGAAUCGUGAGAAGUGGCCUGGAGUCGCAGCCUUGCAGCAGGGAGACCUGCAACAGGAGAGGGGACUGCACUAUGGAGGGCGAUAGAGUGAAAUGCAUCUGCACAUUGGGCUAUAGUGGAGACUACUGUGAGGAGGAGGAGGGGAAGUCUAAGGCGGGUCUCGUUCUGGGCAUCAUUUCCAUCCUACUAAUGGCCAUGGCGGCAGCUGGGACCUUUGUCUACUUCAGGAAGCAAAGAACGCGGCAAAGGACUUCAAGUAUAUCAUCAACUGGACCGCUGACUAGCUACCAGAAGGACAGUGACAAAGAAGACAAUUUCGUUGAAGAUGAAACCUGUAUCAACGCAGCUUAUGAUCCCGAGCAGUGUUAA